UGCAUUUUCUGCGCAUGCGCGCUGCGCGUGGAGGUCGUCGAGCUCGCGCGUUGGCUCGCGUGAGGAGAAGAGGAGGAGGAGGCGUCGUGCGCGCGCGCGGCUAGCUGCGGAGGUUCCUAUGUUUUUUAAUCAGCCUGGAGCUAGCGGCGUAGCUAACUGACAGGAACGCCGAGACAAACAGAACAAUGUUAGGGUUUUAUUUUUAAAAUAACAGAAAAGAAAAAACCCAGCAUAUAACAGCAGAGGGACUCGAGCUGGGUCAGUGUUUAGUGUUAAUCAGGACACUGACGGUAUUUUAUAUUCCUGUCAGAGGCCGAGCGCGCGCACGAGAAAGAGAGAGAGGGAGAGAGAGACUGAGAGAGAGAGGGAUGGGGUUCCCGGUUAGUGUAUAGAUGGAGAGAGCUGAGCUGAGCGUCGUGUUCAUUUCAUCGCAGUGAGUGAUUACAAUAAUCCCCCCAGGGAGACAGAGAGAGAGAGAGAGAUGCAUCUCCACCAGGUGCUGACGGGGGCGGUGAACCCGGGUGACUGCUGCUACUCGGUGGGGAGCGUCAGUGACGUCCCGUUCACGGCGUAUGGUUCUGGGUGUGACAUCGUGAUCUUGGCCAGUGAUUUCGAGUGUGUACAGAUUAUCCCCGGAGCUCAGCAUGGGAACAUCCAGGUGGGGUGUGUGGAGUGUUCACACCAACUGGGACGGAUCGCUGCAUCGUACGGAAACACAGUGUGUAUCUUCGAACCGACGUCCACCAACCAGAACAAGAGACACAAACAACUGAACUACCAGUGGCAGAAAACUGGACAGUUUCUACUGAACGCCAUGACGUACAACCUGGCCUGGGACCCACAAGGUAAGCGCAUCCUGGCGGCGACGGAGUGGCUGCAGCUUUGGGCUCCACCCGCCGCGGACGUGCUGCUGGAGGAAGACGAAGAUGAGAAGUCACACCCCGUCCUCAACGACUGGAAGUGUGUGUGGCAGUGCAAGACUGCUUCGGCUGUGCGUGUAAUUAAAUGGUCUCCUGAUGGGGAAUACUUCGCCACUGUGGGAAAGGACGACUGCCUGUUGAAGGUGUGGUACUCCACCCUGGGCUGGAGGUCUGUGAUGGUGGACGUGUGUGAGAAGAAGUCCAGCUCUCUCCACUUCUCCUUCAUCUACCUGGCUCAUCCCAGAACCGUCACAGGGUUCUCCUGGAGGAAGACCAGCAAAUACAUGGCCAAGGGCUCGGUGUGUAACGUGUUGCUAACGUCGUGUGUGGACGGGAUCUGUCGUCUGUGGAGUGAGACGCUGCUGCCUGAGGACAGUUUACUGGGGGGACAAAUCACUGAGAACAGCAGCUCCACAUCAUCACUACAGCACAGCGGGCAGAAAGAUAAAAUACAACACGCACUGGAGUCGAUCCACCACCUGAAGCAGCUCAGACGUGGUCGCAGGAGAUCCUCAGCUCUGGUCACACACACCGAACUCCUGCCCAGCCAACUGAACUCACACGAGCUGCACCGACACAUCACACACCACGGCAACGCCCUGUGUCACUUCCACAUCUCCGCCAGUAUCAACCCCAAUACAGAUAUCCCGGCGGCUCUGGCCGGGUCCGGUCUCUUCUCCUCAGGAGACAGUAAUGGAGGUUUCGUGGUUCACUGGCUGAAUAAUAAAGACCUGAGCUUCACCUCCUCCAUGGACGUCUUCAUGCAGCACCUGAGGAAGUUCUCCGAGCAGAACCUCGAGCACACCGCUGAGGACAACAAGCAGGACACCAACGCCAAGUUCGACUUUGAUCUGGACGAGAUGUCGGACAAGGCGUCGGAGCACGAGGAAGGCGAUCAGGACGGCAGCACGAAGGCGUCGUCCCCCGGCUCCAGCUCCAGUGUCCCUCCUCCCUCCGUCCUCCUGGAGCGUAAGAUGGAGUCUCUGACUCUGGAGUGGAACCGCAGCCCAGACAUGCUCUUCACCAUCCACCCUCUCGACGGCUCCUUCCUCGUCUGGCACAUCAAGUACCUGGACGAGUACAUCCCCGGAAUCUUCCGCCAGGUCCAGGUGGCGUUCUCCUCGCGGAUCCCCGUCGCCUUCCCCACCGGCGACGCCAACUCUCUGAGUAAGAACAUCAUGAUGUACGCCUGCACGUCCCCCGAGCGGGACCCCGAGGUCCCCGUGCUGGAGCAGGACAGGAAGUCCUCGUCCCUGGGCGCGGUGAUCGGCCCGGCCGUCAUGAUGGUGUCGAAGCACGUGGACGGCUCUCUGAACCAGUGGGCAGUGACCUUCGCCGAGAAAUCCGCCUUCUCCAACGUUCUCACCGUCUCGCACAAGUUCCGUUACUGCGGACACCGCUUCCACCUCAACGACCUCGCCUGCCACACCGUCCUGCCCCUGCUCCUGACCUCCUCGCAUCACAACGCCGUUCUGACUCCGCCCCCGGGGCAGGACGACCAGCGCUGCGCCCCAUCUCGCCCCCCGCGUCCGUCCAGAGGCCUCGCUCCGAAGGAGAUGGGCGGCAACGCGGCGACUCGCACCUUCCACGACCCCAACGCCAUCUACAGCGAGCUGAUCUUGUGGCGCGUCGACCACAUCGGGCCUCUCUCCUGUACGGGGGGCGUGUCCGAAAUCGCACGCAUCAACUCCCUGCACACUGCCGCCUUCUCCAACGUCGCCUGGCUGCCCACGCUCAUCCCCAGCUCUGUACUCGGAACGUACUGUAACUCUGCAAGCGCAUGUUUUGUGGCGUCGGAUGGAAAAAACCUGCGUCUCUAUCAAGCUGUCGUGGACGCCCGGAAACUUCUGGACGAGCUGUCUGACCCAGAGACCUCGAAAUUAGUAGGUGAGGUCUUUAACAUUGUGAGUCAGCAGUCCACGGCUCGGCCCGGCUGCAUCAUCGAGCUAGAUGUUAUCACUAACCAGUGUGGCUCGAGCACGCAGCUGCUCCACGUCUUUCAGGAGGAUUUCAUCUUAGGAUACAAACCUCACGAUGACAUCACCGACGUAAACACUGCGGACUUCCCAUCAGCUGAUGAGUUUCUUCCGCCUCCGUUUUCCGAGAAGUUCUUCUUGGUCGUGAUCGAGAAAGACGAGAACAGAAACUCUGUACUGCAGAUGUGGCACCUUCAUCUGAAGUCUGUGCACGCGUGUGUGGACGACCCCCCACAGGCUCAACCCUUCCAGAACCAGCUGAUGGUUCCGAACAUGUUGGUUAACUUCGACUCGUCUCCCGAGUCGACUCCGGGUCAGAGCCCUCUUCCUCGCUCGUCUUCCUCGGCUAACCUGCAGUCAGCCAGCAGGCUCAUCCUCAGCUCCACCCUCGUCUACAGCCACAGACUGGAGCUCCCCCUGGGGGUGGAGGUGAUCCGCGCAACACCGUCCGCAGGUCACUUAAGCUCCUCCUCCAUUUACCCGGUGUGUCUGGCUCCCUAUCUGAUCGUGACGGCGUGUUCAGACGGACGCGUUAGGUUUUGGAGAUGCUCCGUCGAUUCAGAAGACUGUCCCUCGUACCGCUGGGAGCCGUGGUGCCUCCUGAACGAGGAGGAGGACAACAACAGCGCCCUGACCGUUUCGGGUCGCCCCGUCGCCGUCAGCUGCUCCUACACCGGACGGCUCGCUGUCGCCUUCAAACAGUUGGUCUCCCUCGAGCCCAGCUCGAGCUCUAAAGACUUCUCCAUGCACGUCUCCAUCUUCGAGUGCGAAUCCACAGGGGGGUCCGAGUGGGUCCUGGAGCAGACGAUCCAUCUGGAUGACUUCGGGAAACCCGUCAGUGCUCUGGAUCCCAGAAUCAGCGUGGACAGCAACCUGGUGGUUUACAGCAAGUCAGAUCUUUUUGUUAGAAAGCAGAACCCCAACAUCAAACACUUCGUGCACCUGGAUUGGCUCUCGAAAGAAGACGGAUCGCACAUCCUCACCGUCGGAGUCGGGUCCCUCAUCCUGAUGUACGGACGGAUCUCCGGCAUCGUGUCGGAACAAACCGGAGGAAAGGAUGGCGUGGCUGUGGUCACCCUGCCUCUAGGGGGCAGCGUUAAACAAGGUGUCCGCUCCCGCUGGGUUCUGCUGCGCUCCGUCGAUCUGGUUUCCUCCGUGGACGGGACGCCGUCUCUUCCCGUCUCCCUGUCCUGGGUCCGAGACGGAAUCCUGGUGAUCGGGAUGGACUGCGAGAUGCACGUCUAUGCUCAGUGGUACCAGGAUAAGAAGCCCGGCGACUCUGAGGAAAAUGACGACACUUUCAUGGCGAAAAAAGGCGCCAUCGAGAUGACGGACGACGUGAUCAGAGUUCCCGCCGUCAUACAAGACGGCGGACUUUUCGAAGCGGCGCAUUCGCUGUCCCCGACGCUGCCUCAGUACCACCCCACCCAGCUGUUAGAGCUGAUGGACUUGGGGAAGGUGAGACGUGCGAAGGCCAUCCUGUCCCACCUGGUCAAGUGCAUCGCCGGUGAGGUCGCCGUGGUCAGGGACGCCGUGGCGGGAGAGGGCGGAGCCAGACGACACCUUUCUCGUACCAUCAGCGUCACGGGAAGCACCGGCAAGGACACGAUCGUCGCUGGAAGAGACGGCGGCCGCGAUUACACGGAGAUCAACUCCAUCCCCCCUCUCCCGCUGUACGCGCUGCUCUCGGCCGACCUCGACACGUCUUACAGAAACAAACUGGCCGAUGACGUGAAAUGUCCGGAGCGCGAGACGCAGAAGACCUCGGAGGAUCAGUACGCCGAGCUCUUCCAUGACACCGCGGUGAACACCGACGACUUCGCGAGCUUCGCCUAUUCGGACAAGGCAGAGAAGAAGACCCGAGUGAUCGACCUGUCUCAGUACGGCCCUACCUGCUUCGGACCCGAACACGCCCAGGUGCUGUCCUCUCACCUGAUGCACUCCAGCCUUCCCGGACUCACACGCCUCGAGCAGAUGUUCCUGGUGGCGCUCGCUGAUACCGUGGCAACGACCAGCGCUGAGGUGGGCGGAGCCACUAAUAAACAGUACAGAGGUGGUGAGGCUCUGGACGAGUGUGGUCUGAGGUACCUGCUGGCGAUGCGUUUACACACCUGUCUGCUUACAUCACUUCCUCCUCUGUACCGCAUGCAGCUGCUGCACCAAGGCGUCUCGACGUGUCACUUUGCCUGGGCGUUUCACUCUGAGGCCGAGGAGGAGAUGCUGAACAUGAUCCCGGCCAUGCAGAGAGGAGACCCGCAGUGGUCCGAGCUCCGGGCCGUGGGUGUGGGCUGGUGGAUCAGGAACAUCAACACACUCAGACGCAUGGUGGAGAAGGUGGCCAAAGCAGCGUUUCAGAGGAAUAACGAUCCCCUGGAUGCUGCACUUUUCUACCUGGCCAUGAAGAAGAAAGCUGUGCUGUGGGGUCUCUUCAGGUCUCAGCAUGAUGAGAAGAUGACUCAGUUUUUCAGCCAUAACUUCAGUGAGGAUCGCUGGAGGAAGGCGGCGCUGAAGAACGCGUUCUCUCUGCUGGGGAAGCAGCGCUUUGAGCAAUCAGCGGCCUUCUUCCUGCUCGCCGGGUCACUCAAAGACGCCAUCGAAGUGUGUUUGGAGAAGAUGGAGGACAUCCAGCUGGCGAUGAUCGUGGCCCGUCUGUACGAGUCCGACUUCGAGAGCUCGUCCACGUGUCAGGGCGUCCUGUACGAGAAGGUUCUGGGCUGCAGGCGGGACGGAACCGGGUUCUCCUGCGUCAGGAUGCACCCGGACCCGUUCCUCAGGAGCAUCGCCUUCUGGAUCAUGAAGGACUACACGCGCUCGCUGGACACACUGCUGGAGCAGACGCCCAAAGAGGACGACGAGAACCCGGAGGUGAUGGUGAAGUCGUGUAAUCCGAUGGUGUUCAGUUUCUAUAACUACCUGCGGACGCACCCUCUGAUCGUACGCAGGCACUUCGCGUCUCCCGACGGCUCCGAGCGCAACAGCGGCCCCGACCAGAUCAACCUGAUCGAGCGCAAGCUCUUCUUCACCACCGCCAACGCGCACUUCAAAGUGGGCUGUCCCGUCCUGGCGCUCGAGGUGCUGUCCAAAAUACCCAAAGUCACCAAGAAGUCCUCGUCUCUCAGUAACGGAGCGUCCACCGCUAACGUCGGCGACGCCCAGAACCCCGCCCGCGCAUCUGACCUGGACUGGAGUCAACCGCUGGUGAAGAGCGAGGACGACGAGCUAAAGCUGGACUGGGGAGACGAUGAUGAGGACGAGGACGAGGACGAUGAAGAAGAGGAUAAGAAGGGGCUGAUGAUGAAGGAGGAGCUAAAGAAGGACGUGGAGGAGGAGGAGGGGGAGGUGGAGAAGACAGCGAGCGAGUGGAAGGUGGACGUGAUCGCGGAGCAGUUGAAGUUCCGCGCGUGUCUGAAGAUCCUGAUGACGGAGCUGCGGACGCUCGCCACCGGGUACGAGGUGGACGGAGGGAAACUGCGCUUCCAGCUCUACAGCUGGCUGGAGAAGGAGAUCGAGGCCAUGCACCGCAUCUGUAACUACAAGGUGGACAGUCAGGGUUCGGUGGGAGAGCUGGAGAAAUGGAGCGGCAGCGUGUCGGUCGAAAUGGACGAGUACGAGCGGAGCGGCGAGACGGACGUGUACGAGCGCCACCUGCAGGACAGACGCAGACUGCAGGCCAAACAGCUGCACUCAGAGAGACGUAAAGCCUGGCUGAGGAAGAACGAGGCGCUGCUCAGAGUCUUCCUCACUUACUGCAGCCUGCACGGGGCCAAAGGGGGCGGAGUCACGUCAGUACGCAUGGAGCUGCUCUUCCUGCUGCAGGAGUCGCAACAGGAGACGACAGUGAAGCAGUUACAGUCCCCGUUGCCGUUGGCAACAACGUUGCCGCUUCUCUCAGCUAGCAUCGCUCCAACUAAAACCGUCAUGGCUAAUCCCGUCAUGCACCUGAACAACCACAUCCUGGACAUCCUGUACACUAUAGUACAGACUGAGGCUCCGCCCCAUCCUGACACACCUGAUGAUCGAGUGAACUCACUGCACACUUUGGCUGCUUCUCUGUCUGCCUGCAUUUACCAGGCACUGUGUGACAGCCACAGCUACAGCAGUCAGUCCGAGGCGAACCAGUUCACAGGGAUGGUGUACCAGGGGCUGCUGCUCAGCGGGAGGCGGAGACUCAGGACAGAGAGUAUAGAAGAACAGGCCACGCCCACCUCCACUCCUGCACACUGGCCAGGCGUGGCGUCUCUGAUCAGUCUGUUAGCGAGCUCCCAGGGCGAGGACCAGCCGCGUCUGAACGUGAUGCUGUGUGAGGCCGUGGUGGCCGUGUAUCUCAGCCUGCUGCUGCACGGACUCGGCACACACUCCACCAACGAGCUGUUCCGCCUCGCCGCCCACCCGCUCAACGCACGCAUGUGGGCCGCCGUCUUCGGGGGCGGAGCCAAGAUCAUCAUCAAGCCCAAGCGACCUCCCGAGAUCGCGCCAGCUACAUUCACAGUAGAAAGCUCUCAGGAAUCAGGCGACACCCCCUCCCUCACCGUCACACCCACAUCCCAUAAUACCCAGUCUGGUUACCAUGGUGACGGCACUGUGGAAACGGACGCGCAGCCGGAGAGUUUAGCCCCGCCCCCGACUCCUCCCUCUGAGGAAGUGGACCGUCAGCGCCGGAGGUUUAACAUGCGCAUGCUGGUUCCGGGUCGGCCCGUUAAAGAGACCCAGGUCACGCCCCCUCCGAUCCCCACCGAGCGCCCCGCCUACAAGGAGAAGUUCAUCCCCCCGGAACUCAGCAUGUGGGAUUACUUCGUGGCAAAACCCUUCCUGCCUCUAUCAGACAGUGGAGCUCUGUAUGACUCUGAUGAGAGCGGUGAGGAAGAUGAGGAAGAGGAGGACGAUGCUUUUCUGUCUGAUACACAGAUGACCGAGCACAGCGACCCGAACUCAUACAGUUGGUGUCUGAUCCGCUUGGUGAUGGUUAAACUCGCUCUACACAAUGUAAAGAACUUUCUCCCAAUCACAGGGCUUGACUUUACAGACCUGCCUGUCUCGUCCCCACUGUGUAACUCGGUCUUGAAGUCGAUGGAGAGCUGGGAGCAGCAGCUGCAGGAGAAGAUGGACAGAUUUGACGGUCCUCCUCCAAACUACAUCAACACCUUCCCUGCGGACGCCAGUUUGGGCGGAGGUCCCGCCGCGCUGCGCCUCAAAGCCAUGCUGGAGCCCGACAACACGCCCUUCAACCAAUCAGAUCACACCAAUCAGGAUGCUCAGAAGGAUGAAGGGAAUGUUUCUCUCCCCUUCUUUCUGUCUCUCCCCCUCCCCCUGUCUCUCUCUCUCCCGCUCUGUUUCUCUCUCCAUAGGGCCAAGCACCGCCUCUCCUUCCCCGCCCGCCGGCUCUGGCACUUCCUGGUGAAACAGGAAGUCCUCCAGGAGACUCUGAUUCGCUACAUCUUCACCAAGAAAAGGAAGCAGAGUGAGUGUUUAGAGAACCAUGUGGACUUUCACACACACAACUGUGUAGCAGGAUCACACAAAAACAACAAGGUGGAGGCUGAUCUCGGGUACCCCGGAGGCAAAGCUAAAAUUAUUCACAAGGAAUCGGACAUCAUCAUGGCGUUCGCUAUCAAUAAGGCUAAACCUAGCGAGAUUGUCCUGGCCUCGACUCACGAUGUUCAGGAAGUGGACGUUUCCUCUCUGCUGGCUGCGCAGUCGUACACCUGGAUCGGGGACGACUUCGACAAGGAGUCACGCAGUUCUGAAGACGACUAUCGUUCCUCCCACACCAACAUCGCACAGUCAAGCUCCGCCCCCUUCGCCCCUCCACCGAUGCCUGUCUCCGCCUCCAUGCCGUGGCUCGGCAGCGGACAGACUAGCAUGGGCGCUAGCGUGCUUGUGAAGAGGAACCUAAACAAUGUGAAGAGAAUGACGUCACAUCCCAUUUACCAGUACUAUAUGACCGGAGCUCAGGAUGGCAGUGUGAGGAUGUUUGAAUGGAAUCGCCCUCAGCAGCUCAUCUGCUUCCGACAGGCAGGAAACGCCCGGGUCACACGGCUCUAUUUCAACUCGCAGGGCAAUAAGUGUGGGGUGGCAGAUGGUGAGGGGUUUUUAAGCCUGUGGCAGGUGAAUCAAACCUCCUCAAACCCCAAGCCAUAUUUGAGUUGGCAGUGUCACAGUAAGGUGUGUGGUGAUUUCUCUUUCAUCACCUCCUCCAGUCUCAUCGCUACAGCAGGGCACUCCACUGACGGCAGGAAUGUGUGUCUGUGGGACACUCUGAUCUCUCCCAGUAACACCAUGGUGCACGCAUUCCCGUGCCAUGAGAACGGUGCUACAGUUCUGCAGUACGCUCCGAAGCAGCAGCUGAUCAUCUCUGGAGGGAGGAAGGGCUUCGUGUGUAUCUUCGACCUCCGUCAGAGGCAGCUGUUACACACUUUCCAGGCCCACGACUCGGCCAUCAAAGCUUUAGCUCUGGACGCCAGCGAGGACUUUUUCAUCACCGGCUCAGCCGAGGGAAACAUGAAGGUUUGGAAGUUAUCAGGUCACGGGCUCAUGCACUCGUUCAGCACCGAGCACGCCAAGCAGUCCAUCUUCCGUAACAUUGGUGCCGGCGUGAUGCAGAUCGAGACCCGUCCCGUUAACCGUAUCUUCACCUGUGGUGCUGAUGGAACCCUGAAGAUGAGGGUUCUCCCUGAUCGCUACCACGCACCGAGCAGCAUCUUCGACAUCCUGUGAGCCAGAGCCGUGCAGGGGUCACACAGCUGAAGCGUCUCCUUUCUCUCUCUCUCUCUCUCUUCUAAUCUAAGCGCUGCGAAGUGUCGUUUUUGUUUUUAUUCUUCCCUACAGAAGUCCCGCACCUUUUCCCGGAGCUGCGAGCUCGUCGUUAGAGUGUUCUUAUAGGAAAGCUAUGCAUGUGCUGAACUCGUCACUGCGGAGUGUUGAUUGUGCUCUGUAAAGCAAAACAUUAGUCUGUCUGUCUGUCUGUCUGUCUGGGUGUGUGUGUGUGUGUGUGUGUGUGAGAGAGAUCAUUUUCGUGACCACGGCUGAGCGGACUGAGCCUCCUUAACUCCAGCACUGUGCGCUUCAGUAACCCCGCCCCCGUCUGUGACCCUUGCUUUAUUUAUAUACCGGCUAACUCUCGCCCCAUGCCUGCAGCUAGACCUGUCUCACUCUAGAUGUGUUUUAGAACUUAUUUAUUUAUUUAUUAUAUAAGUGUACAAGUUUAUAAGAGAAGUAAGGCGUUUAUUCCACACAGACUACUGAAACCGGUUAGAGGGGGUAAAAUGUGUUUCACUGAAGACCAUAGACUUGUCUCACUCUCCCUUCAUAUGUGCAAUGAAAUACCUGUCUCACUUUCUUCAUAGGUGCAAUUUAAUGUCUUACUGACAUUCCACAGAAAUCUGACUCUAAUCCCAUAACUUGAGAAAAACCUGUCUUACUCUUCUUUUCUGUGUGCAAUUAAAUAUCUCUCAUUUUCAUUCCAAAACUCUCUCUACACCUGUAAAUGUCUUACUGCCUCCAUUAUACAGUAGCUCCACAUAAAACCUGUCUCACUCAAAUUCCAUAACUCCUGAUGAAACCUGUCUCACUCUCAUUCCAUAACUCCUGAUGAAAUCUGUCUCACUCUCAUUUACAGUUACCGUCA